CAGGACACGGCUGGGGAUGGUGCCGAGGCCCUGGAUGCCCAGGGGGGCUCGGGGGACGAGGAGAACGCGCGGCAGCUGGGGGAGAUCGAGCUGCAGUGUGGGAUCUGCACCAAGUGGUUCACGGCGGACACCUUCGGCAUCGACACCACGUCCUGUUUGCCCUUCAUGACCAACUACAGCUUCCACUGCAACGUGUGCCACCACAGUGGGAACACCUACUUCCUGAGGAAACAAGCGAAUCUCAAGGAAAUGUGCCUUAGUGCUCUGGCCAACCUCACGUGGCAGUCGAGGACACAGGACGAGCACCCCAAGACGAUGUUCUCCAAGGAUAAGGAUAUUAUCCCGUUCAUUGACAAAUACUGGGAGUGUAUGACAACGCGGCAGAGGCCUGGGAAAAUGACCUGGCCCAAUAACAUUGUCAAAACCAUGUGCAAAGAAAGAGAUGUGUUCCUGGUGAAAGAGCACCCAGACCCAGGCAGUAAAGACCCAGAGGAAGAUUACCCCAAAUUUGGGCUUCUAGACCAGGAUCUUGCCAAUAUUGGCCCUGCCUAUGACAACCAGAAACAGAGCAACGCUGUGUCCACGAGUGGAAGCUUGAAUGGUGGAGCCUCUCUGGGAGGGGGAAUGGCUGCUGGAGGCAGCGGGAAGGGCCGGGGAGCCAAACGCAAGCAGCAGGACGGAGGGACCACGGGAACAGCCAAGAAAACCCGGAGUGACCCAUUGUUCUCAGCUCAGCGCUUGCCCCCCCACGGGUACCCUCUGGAACACCCCUUCAACAAGGACGGGUACCGAUACAUCCUGGCCGAGCCUGACCCCCACGCGCCCGACCCGGAAAAGCUGGAGCUGGACUGCUGGGCAGGAAAACCGAUUCCUGGGGACCUGUACAGAGCCUGCCUGUAUGAACGAGUCCUCCUGGCACUGCACGACCGAGCUCCCCAGCUGAAGAUCUCUGACGACAGGCUGACUGUUAUUGGCGAGAAGGGCUAUUCCAUGGUGCGAGCCUCCCAUGGCGUGCGGAAAGGAGCCUGGUACUUCGAGAUCUCCAUGGAUGAGAUGCCUCCAGACACAGCUGCCAGACUAGGCUGGUCACAGCCCUUGGGGAACCUCCAGGCCCCUCUGGGAUAUGACAAGUUCAGUUACUCCUGGCGCAGCAAAAAGGGAACCAAGUUUCACCAGUCGAUAGGGAAACAUUAUUCAUCUGGCUACGGACAGGGAGACGUCCUGGGGUUUUACAUCAGCCUUCCAGAGGACACUGAGACAGCCAAGUCCCUGCCUGACACCUACAAAGACAAGGCUUUGAUCAAAUUCAAAAGCUACUUGUACUUUGAAGAGAAGGAUUUUGUGGACAAGGCAGAGAAGAGCCUAAAGCAGGCACCUGGAAGCCAGAUCAUAUUCUUCAAGAACGGUGUCAGCCAAGGAGUUGCCUUUAAGGACAUCUUUGAAGGGGUUUAUUUUCCUGCCAUUUCUUUGUACAAAGGCUGCACGGUUUCUAUAAACUUUGGGCCGUAUUUCAAGUAUCCACCCAGAGACAUCACUUACCGCCCUAUGAGUGACAUGGGCUGGGGCGCCGUGGUGGAGCACACGCUGGCUGAUGUCCUGUACCACGUGGAGACAGAGGUGGAUGGGAGGAGGAGCCCCCCCUGGGAGCCAUAGACCCCCCACACCGAGGAUUUAUCGCAGAGGAACAUCCAUCCCUCAGUGAGCAGCCACGACCCACCGGGCUGAGGUGUUGUGUAUGUGUUACCUGCUGCAGGUUCACACCCUCCCCCUGCCAGAGUGUGAGUGGGGCAGGUCUGGGGUGUUUUGUGCUAUUUUGGGGCAUCUCUUGGAGCCUCCAGUACUGUUACAGUGUCACCCCCAGGAGAAGGGGGUGCUGAGGUACCUCCUCCUGGGCUGGGACUGUGGGGUGUUCCUGAGAACAGGGUGUAGCUGGACCUGCCAGGUGUAGGUACAGUGACACCUGUGCUCAGGUGUGUUUGGCUGAUUGGGACCAACAGCUCCCAGCCAGGAGGGCUCUGUUGGAACGAGACAGCUGCAUGUAAGACUGAAAUUUGGGCUUCUGUCCAAACUGUAUUUUUUCUUUUCCCCACAAACUGGAAACCAGUUUAAAAAUAAAGGCUUUAACUCUCUUUUUA